UAAUUUUUUUUUCUUUUCUGCGCAGCUUCCUCAAUCGAUCGAAGGAAAAAAGGAACAGAGACGCCGGGCUGGUGGUUCUCUCCUUCAUCGAGAAAAGCAACUGAGCAGGGAGGGGGAGAAGAUCGGAAGAAAAGAGACCUAAUUGCCGGAAGAGGAACAGAGUGCAGACGCCUUAAUUUCCGAUCUCCAAUUCAGAUGGAAAUGAACCAAAGAAGUAGUAGCACUUGGGGCGAAGGGCUUGUGGAGAAAAUUCCUGUUGAGGUUAUUGGAGAGAUUUUGUCUCGCGUAGGAGUUGCACGAGACGUGAUUCGAGCUUCCCUAACUUGUUCCAAGUGGCGAGAAGCUUAUCUCAAACACCUUCAUACACUUUCCUUUAAUGUCGAUGAUGAUGAGCGUGUCUUUCGGGAACUCCCUACUUGUGACUUGGAAAUGUUGAUCAGCAAGACCCUAUUCCAGUCGCCCGGUUUGCGAAGAUUGUCAAUUCUGAUGGAUGAGACGCACGAGUUUUUAGCCAGUUCAGUUGUGGGUUGGUUAGAGUUUGCCAGAAGAAAUUUGACCGAAUUGUUUUACAAGGUUAGAACUUCUCACCCUGUUGAUGUUCUUGAGAUAUGUGGGAAGCAACUUCAAACCUUGAGUUUGAGCGAUUACAAAAUAACAGUGGUUGAGUCGUAUUUCAAACGAUUCCCCCGUUUGACGUCGCUUUCUCUAACUCACGUCACUGCUUCCGUAGAUGAUCUAAAUCGGCUGCUUUUGGGUUUUCCAAAUCUCGAGCGUGCGGAACUUAGUCAUAUCUCUCUAGAGGGUUCAAUCAAUGAGGCACUCAAGUUGGAUUGUCCUGCAUUAAAGACUCUUUCGCUUAGUUAUUUUCGUCCGCGGGGCUUUAUUUUAGAGAGUGGUAGUGGUAUUGAUUAUUUGCAUUUGAGAAGAUGUUAUGUUCAUUCAUUUAAGGUCUCUCGUAGUACCAUUUUGAGGCACUUCAAAAUGUCCGACACGAGGAUUCAACUUCUUGAAGUUGAAUGUGGAGACAACCUCGAGAGUUUAGAAAUCACCAGCAGUGAAGUUACAGAGUCCAACUUGUUCUCAAGGAAGAUACACACGCCACAGUUGAGAACUUUUCGAAUUCUGGAUAUUAAUGAAUUUGCAGGAGGGAAAGGACUAGCGGUGGAUUUAGAACGACUAGCUGUUGGUUCACCAAAACUUAGCCAUCUCACAGUAUUUUUUAAAGAAGAUCUUAAAUUUACACCAACAUCCUCGGAGAAGGUCGAGGUCUUGGAGAUUGGAUGGGAAUGGGAUUAUAUUGAAGAGUUUUGUGAGUGGACAGAGAAGGUGUUGAAGUGUUGCCCAAAUGUUAGGAAGUUGAUUGUCCAGGGAGAGGUUCUAAAAGUGGCUUCCAUUCUUUGUUCUGCGAAGUAUUUGACAGACUUUGGCGGGUACAAGGAAUCAAUGUUUGAAAUGAUGAGGAAGUAUCGGCAUAUAGAAGUGCAGUUUGUUUACACGUAUCACGGUAAGUGAGUUCCUAACUUAUGUGUAAUUUGCGUGCUUUUGGGGCAGGUACACAAAUGCCCUUGUGUUGUUAUGUGCUCCUUUUCAAAUUAUUGCUGAACCCGAUUAAAACCGAAUCAGAUUAGAUCCAAAGCCGAUGAGUACCGAUAUUGAUCAAAUUAAACGAAAGGUGGUUUU